AUGAAGACUAUCGUGUGGGUUUGCCUGCUCAGUACGGCAGCAUGCCAGUACUGUGAAGACUGUCGAGGAGUGAUCACCCCGUUUUGCAGCGAGUCCUGUACAUGCAACAAGUGCCAGGGCGAUGUUGGCUCCCUCUAUGGCAAGUGGAGCUGCACAGGGUGCCAGGGCAAACUAACCCCGUGGUGUGGCAGAUGGUGCUGGUGCAGCAGCUGCGAGGAGCUGUCUAGCCCUUUUGACCUUCUGGCUUGGGAAGAAGGUGGAGGAAGAGAGUUAUGGUCGCAGAACAUGAUGGUUGGACUUGCUGUGUGCGCGGCAUUUGGUGGAGUUCUCCUUAUUCAGUGCUUAUUGGUGUGCAAGACUAGUAUCAGGAGCACUGAUGCCAUGCAAACGCCCCUGCUCAGUUCUGAACCAGCUGAUUCCGUGCCCGUCGAAGACCCAAGACGCUGA